AAGACUUCUCUCGCGAGAGCGGAAGUCUCGCACCGGGGCCCCAGCAAGCCCCGGAGGAAAUGCGCGCGUGCGUCCUCGCGUGGCUCGGUGUCUGAGGGAGUGUGAGGUGAGAUCGUCGUGAGUUCGUGGGCCAGGAGACGCCAUGUUCUUCACCGCUGUCCUCCUGCGCGGCCGCAUUCCGGGCCAUCAGUGGAUCGGGAAGCACCGGCGGCCGCGGAAAGUGUCUUUCCGGAUGAAGGAGAACAUGAUCCGUCGCCUGGAGGUGGAGGCCGAGAACCACUACUGGCUGAGCAUGCCCUACAUGACGGUGGAGCAGGAGUACCGCCACGCCGCGGAGCGCAGGGCCCAGGCCUUUGAGGCCAUCAAGGCGGCCGCCACUUCCAAGUUCCCCGAGCACAGAUACGUUGCUGACCAGCUAGACCAUCUCAACGUCACGAAGAAAUGGUCCUAACCUGGAGCCAUCACCUUUACGUUUAUGGAUACCAGACUGCUCUGUCCUUACCUGGUCCUGGAACUGGAAAAAUGUAAUUUAUAUAAGUGUGAUCCCUUCGACCAGAAUCUUAUUAAAACAAGCAUGAUUAA